UCAACUCUUCUGUCAAUUUUAUAAGCUGAUCAUGUUAUUUCGUAUUUAUUUAUUAAGUUUUUUAUUACAUUUUACAACGAGCAGGAUAAAUAAGCAUUUAAAGAUAUCGUGUGGCUUGGACGAAGUUUCAAGAGAUUCUAUAGCUAUGAGGUUUUAUGUACAAAUUGAAAACACAGGUAAUGACUGUAAGGUGGAAUGCAUCCCAGGUAGAUGCUGCACAGAGCAGGGGGACGAGGAGAAUUGCAAUGUACUAAAGUUGUUUGGGGGGUGUCUGCAGCAAGUUCCCUCAGGUGAGAGCAGGACAGUGCGAUUAGCUGCGCCUCUUCUCGACCCUUUCCAGAGGCGUGGCUUCUGUGUGGUACACGUGAAUUCAAAACUAAAAGAUCAUCCACUAUACCGGGACACAGUGGCCAUACCCUUCGACACCGGCCGACCCUCUGACGUCACACCCUGCGCGCGCGUCGACCAGGACGCAUUCAACGACUGCCACCCAGUCAACUGUGAAACUUAUUACAACGGGCAAAAGUCUCAUUUUAACAAGCGCCUAAAACGGUGCAUACCAGCAGUCUCCUGCUCUGAAGAUGAUAUUUAUGAUGAGGAUUUAAACAGAUGUGUUCGCCCAAUAACGGAUGACGAUAUUAAAGAAAUUGAGUCCUUAAGUAAUAGAAAAUUGAGUAGUGAAAACACAGAACACAGGAAAAUUCUGACUACAAAUACUACGAAAACUUUACAGGAAAUAAUGAAAAGGGAUUUGGAUAUAUCACAGAGAAUCAUAGAGAAUUAUAACGUGCAAAAAUUACCGUUGAAGUUUUUAGACUGUUUGAAAUCGCCUAAAGUAUUGAUUUGUGUAAUUUGUGUGCAAUGCUGUUUCGUUCUUCUAUUAGCUUAUUAUAUUAGAGACAGAUGUCACUGUGUUAGUAAAGAUAAAGAAGUUUUAAAUAAGUUCUUUAACUAUAAAGAAGAUUCUAUAACUACGCCUUUAAUAAGCGCAAGCCACACUGUAACUACAUGUCAAUUUCAAACUGAUUCCUCGUCUAAUAUUGACAGGAAGAUACAAUUGUAUAAAGCGUGUCAAGACAAGAGAGCUAUUACUAGCAUGUCAGAUGAUAUUUUAUCAAGAUGUCUUAAAAGACGCGACUGGAUAGCGAAACCUAAGUCUUCAGAAGUUAUACAAAGUAAAGAUCAUGGAAUACAAGUUUAUGAUACAGAGAAAUCAGAAAACGAAAAUUCUAGCAAGAAACUGGACAUCUUACCAGCAAUAUCAUCAGAGCAGCAAGUGAAAUGUUUUGAAUAUGAACCUCAUAAUUUCUACACGAGAUAUGUAACAGCACUUCAGCGAACGCAUUCGUUGGCAGAGAAUUGCGCACAAGCAAGUUUUCCGAAAGAUUCUAUAGAUGAGUUUUUAUCAGAACGACGUCGCACACUGUCUAAUUCGACGUCAGGAUCUAGUAGGACUUCUAAGAAUAAUUUAGACACGGUUCUUUCGUUGCUAUCACAUAAGAUAGGGCCGUUAUCGGAGCCUGGCAGCGAGGAUUUGGAGCUGUUACAUAUGUCGCGGGCGUCAGUUUAUUCUUCAUCAAAUGCAUCAGAUUAUGAGAUGAAGAGGAUUAAAGAAUCUAGGAGUUCUCUGUAGAUAAAACUACUUUUUUAAUACAACUGAAAUGUAAGCAGUUUGAAUUUCGUAUUUGGAACGUGCAAUUUCGUAAGCUGCCGGCUUUUAAAGGCGCAUGGCCCACCGCCGACA